GUCUGGUAGCAGUUGGAGUCGACAUGUCAAAGUCGACGUCGACUCUUUUCUUCACUUUGCAACUUUGUCUCGUCGGAAAUACAGUUGUGCUUGCUUCGAUAGGUGACAAGUCGCAAGUAUACAACCAAUGUCUACAGCUGUGUCGCAUUAACAACUGCAUAGAUGAAACGGAUUUUAAGCAACGGCCUUCUUUAUCGUUAAUCUUGUUACGCUGGUCUUGCAAGGAAGAUUGCAGUUAUAUUUGCACAUGGAGGACCGUUGACUACUUUGUAUCUUAUGGUUUCAAGAUACCACAGUUUCAUGGAAAAUGGCCAUUCAUCCGGCUGUUUGGAUGUCAAGAGCCGGCUUCGGUUCUAUUCUCCAUAUUAAACUUUUCUGCUCACUGGAUUAUGUAUCGAAAAUUUAAAACAAGGAUAGAUCGAUCCAAUCCCAUGUUCUACGCUUGGACGUAUUUCAGUAUUAUAUGCCUAAACGGCUGGUUCUGGUCAACCGUAUUUCAUUCGCGGGACUGGCCAUUUACAGAAGCUAUGGAUUAUUCUUGUGCGUUUAGCAUGGUACUUACACUCUUAUACUGUAUGCUUUUAAGGAUAACGAACAAAACGAAUAGAGCAACCGUUACAAUAACUUGCGGGUAUCUGGUCAUUUUGUGUAUGCAUUUAUCACAUUUAUGGUCAGGCAGAAUUAAUUAUGGUUAUAAUAUGAUGCUUAAUGUAGCGAUGGGCUUAACGACUGUCGCGAUAACGAUGCUGUGGUGGUACUUAAAUCGUACAAAGUUGCCUUACGUCUACUUGAUCGCUUGGUUCAACAUAUUGACUAUUCUCGUGACUCUCCUCGAAUUGGCAGAUUUUCCUCCCCUUUUCUGGAUAUUUGAUGCUCACUCCUUGUGGCAUGCCAGCACAGUUCCCUUAACGAUAUUGUUAUACAGGUUUAUGAUCACAGAUUGCCGUUAUCUGAAAAGAUACUACGACAAAACACUUUUAGAUUCUGAUUAUCAUAGGUGAUUUUUUUUUAAUAACGCAUAUUGCUGCCAGUCUAUGACCUUCGUCCUGCACAACUUUGUCAAUAUUUCGGGGCAGUAUAACCUUUGCAGAAAAUAUGCAGAUUUAACAGUCCAUUAAAUAUAAAUAUGACAUUGUAGUUAUGCAAAGUCUUUCUUUCUUACAGUUUUAAAUUCUAUAUAUAAUACAUAGAAAUUUAUCAUGUGCGGCGGAAUGAUUUCUUUCCUUUACAAGAUUAUAAUGAAUAAAAAUCUACAAAAUAUGACAAAAAAUGUUAAUAGAAGAUAAUUCAUGUCUUGAUUAUAUGUAUUGAUCAAAUUUCAUUUACUCUGUACAAAAUACUAUCAAAUUUUAUACAAUACUAAUUGUUCAUAUGUAAGACUUGAUGCAUCAAAGUUUGAAACUGCUAGAUGAACAUUUUUAAGUAAACGUUAAAAAGUACCAUGAAACAUUGUUCUAGUAUGUGAUACGUACAUACGUAGUAAUGCAUUAAAACUAUUGUAUUCGAUUGU